AUGGCGGCAGCGAUACAUGCGUCGGCAAUCGACCGCAUCGAGCUGGAGAGUCUCAGCAAGUUGGCUGGGCUGGUGUCAGACAAGGACGAGGAACGCAGGAGAGAGUUCUUCUGUCUCAGACGCUACAUCCCCUUCAUCGUCAAGCUCUCUAGCAAGAUCGGAGAGAACUACCUCUCACUGCUGAGCGAGGAGGAGCGGAGCAAGUGUUACGAUGUAUUCUUCAUCAGCAAGUUCAUCGAGGGUGCCGGUCCCUCCCUUCUGGGCCUCAACAACGCGCUGAAGCAGAGUGGGAACUCGUUUACUAUCAACUACCACUGCAACCUCAUUCAAACAUGGUUCUCCUCGGGGGGGAUCACAAACUUCAUGCGAGACUUGAUGGACCAGAGUGCUGCCGGGGAGAACGAGGAGGAUGCUGAGCAGGUGCUAGUGUCUCUGCCGGAUCGCAUCGGCAAUAAACUCGACGGAAAGGUCCCCAAGUUCUUCCACCCCAAGGAAUACUUUCCUUUCCUCCUAACAGCCUGUCUCCGUUUCCUCGAAGAAACCCCAAUUCAAGUCGGCGAAGAGGACGAGGACUCGCUCGUAGCCUUGAAGCCUUGCCUUGCUUUCGCCGGUUCUCUCUUCGGGAAGAUGGCGAUCACCGGACAGUCUCAGCUAUCGGCGACUUGGCUGUUGAGGCACCUGGUGGUGGCGGAGGAGGACAAGGGGCCGGAGGAAGGGAGCAAGGUUUCAUCCUCUAUUGUUGAUGAAGUGACGGCAAAGAAGCGGAUGGUAGAGGAGACGUUGAGCAAGUACAACAAGCGGAGGUCGAUCAUCAUCGCUCGAAACAUCCUGGGCAACCUCAAAUCUCGUCACCUCGACACCUUCCUGCACCACCUCAUCUCUUCCGCUCCCAGCGACCUGGUCGGAGAAAGGCCGACGCUCGGAGAGGGCAGGGUGAACUCACUCGUUGUUGACCUGGUGGCUCCGAUGUGCUUCGAGGACGAGCGAGUGCGAGACCUGCUGUUCCGAGAGCUCAUGAUCAAUCGAGUCUCGCUGCAGAGAGGUUGUAAAGAACGAAUCUUGCUCAUGGUCUUGAGCACAGACUAUCUUGAGAUGAGUCGGUACGAAGGGAAGCGAAGCAACUUGUAUGCGGUCACGAGAUCUCUGUCAGAGCUGUUUGCCAGCGAGAGCUACACUAAGACGAGGGACGAGGAGCACCAGUCUCGGCAUGCGAUGGGAGGCCGAGCAGCCAUCGAGGAGGCUCAGGUUGUCACGUUUGUCUUGGAAGCUAUCCAGCUGCGGCUUGCAGGGCACGUGGACUGGAUGCGCCGGCACGGAAUGCAACUCGCCGAGCAGUUCUCCAUCAUCUGGAACCCAGACAACCCCAUCAAGUUCGAGGAGGACGAGGCAUCGUCCCUGCCGCAUGCUCAGGAUGCUUCCGAGCCACACCAGGACGAAAGAAAGGGGAGGAAUGGGAGUAUUUCUCAGGGGCAGCCGAAUGACGGGGAGGUUACAGUGGAGGAGGACAAGGAGAAGAAGAAGAAGACGAGACCGAAGAGGAGACGGCAGCAGACAAGUGGCCGCAGGAAGUGGCAGGCAUGUCAGGACCCGGAUCGGAUCAUCUUGUCGAGCGCUAGCGAGAGCGAGAGCGAGGAGGAGGGAGGCAGUGACUCGUGCACGGACGAGGAGGAGGCUGGAGGACCAGCAGCACGUGCAAGUCACCUCAUCGACGACGGCGACAGCGACAGCGACGAUGGUCUCGUUCCCUACCAGGUGGAGGAGAGCGAGCUUGAGAACUGCUUCGCCCGGCAGGCAGCAGUGGAGGAGAGAGACGUCGAGUCAGACCUGGUGCCCUUGCGGUAUGGGGAAGGAAGAGUCUCCCUGCCUACGAACCUGCGGCAGUGCUUGCGAGGGCUGACCAGUCAGAACCCAGACGAGAUUGAAGCUGCCAUGUUCGCUCUGCCAGAGCUUGUUGAGUCCUCGCACAUGUUGGAAGGAGAAGACUACGCAGAGAUCGCAAGAGCUCUGCUCAGGCUGCAGGACAGCUUCGUGAUGCAUGACUUUGCAGGGAGGAAACGCCGCGGACUCCUCGCGCUCUCAGUUGCUGACCCAGCCCACGUGGCUCAAGUUUUCAUCAAGUGUGUGUGGAGCUCCAACGAUUCUGUCGCCACUCGCGUUGACGCCAUCGACGUGCUGGUGGACGCAGCGUUUCAACUCUCGUCCUUGCACAAGAUGCCCGAGCCCCCGCAGAUGGAGGAGGAGGGCGACACGCUGCCGAGCCUCGGCAAGACUCGUCGGUGGAGCAACAAGUCAAAGAUCAAACGCCCGAGGCCGCAGGAGAAUCAGUUCGGCAAGCACGCCAAGGCUUUCUUCUUCGGCAUGCUGUCGGGUUGGAACGAGCAGACCUCUCAGCGUCUCCUCCACGUCGACAUGUACAUCCUCGGGCGGAUGAUCUCCAGCCUCGGCGUCUUCAUCGAGUGCUGCGGCAACUCACCCGCUACCCCGAUGCUCGCGUCGGGUCUCCUGGACCUGACCAGUCACCCCAGCUUGCGGCAGCAUCGCGAGGCCUACAUCCGCCGCUGCGUCUUCUUCGCUCUCGCGCGCAUGCUCAUGACGAUACCCGACGAGCUCUUCACGCAUCUGUUUGCAGACCGCUCGCUCGCCAUCCAGUCCUGGUACGAGGAGGCCCUGAGGGAGGAGACGGACCUUGAGACGAAGCUCGCAAGCUCACUGCCCAAGAUCACCGUACUCGAUGGUUGA